AUGGCCCCAGAAAAGAGCGAGAUCACGCCUGCUGGCCAAGGUCCUUUGGAUCAAAGCAAUAGCAGUGCUGCAAUUAACUCAGAGAGUAACCAAGAUGCCAUUCCAGCUCCUACAGAAGCUCUGCGCAAGCUCUGGACUAAGUUCCCACUUACUUUGGCGUUCGUCGGCCUUUUUGUCAUGAAUUUCAGCAUGGUCUUUGCUGCUUCUUCAGCUGGGGUUUACGAUCCAUACGCCACCAGUCAUUUUCAAGGCCACUCGCUUAUCGCUACGGCAAAUAUUGUUCACGGCAUUGUUCGGAUUGUUGCUUAUCCCCUCUUGGCCAAAGUUGCAGAUCACAUUGGACGACCCCAGGGAUUUGCUGGGGCUGCGAUAAGCAUGGCUCUGGCAAAUGUGCUCUAUGCAGCGUGUCAUAACGUCGAAACAUAUCUUGCUGGUGGCAUAUUUGAAUCAUUCGGUGAUACCUGGUGGACAAUCACUGAGCAGAUCUUUAUUGCCGAGGUAACAUCCCUGAUUAACAGAGGCUUCCUCUUUACUCUCCCGGAAUCACUUGCUGCCAUACCGACUUUAUAUGCUGGGACAUAUCUCGGUGAGCACAUGCUGCUGAAUUCCUCGUGGCGCUGGGGAUUUGGCAUGUGGGCUGCCAUCAUGCCAUUCUGUGCACUGCCAACUAUUGCGAUUAUGGUGUACAUGAGUCUUAGGGCACGAAAGAGGGGUAUAGUAAGCAAGCGAACUUCACUGCGUGCUGCGUCUGAGAUACCAAAGGAUGCUUCUUGGAUCGUCCAAGCUCGACAAGUACUCUAUGUCCAGUUGGAUAUAGUUGGAGCAUUCUUGUUACUUGGGGGGCUCGCCAUGACUCUUCUUCCCCUCUCCAUAACCGGAAGACGCAAUACUGAGAAGUGGACUGAGCCAUCGUCUAUCGUCUUGUUAGUUGUUGGCGUCUUGACGUUUGUUGCAUUCUUAAUCUGGGAUGGCCGGUAUGCUAAUAAACCAAUCGUCCCUUUCCGCAUGAUCAAGAACCGCAACGUCAUACUCGCUUGUGCUUCGGUAUGCUUGAUUGCAAUGUCCGAUUCAACAUACCGAACAUUUGCUUCUAGCUUCCUGCAGGUUGCUGGUGGCUAUUCCCCUGGCCAUGCAGUUCGCAUUGACAAUGCCCGACGUGUUGCGUUGAACAUUAGCGGUCUUGUUGUUGGCUUGGGCAUACGAUUUGUCAAGCAUACUAAACCAUUUAUCAUCAUCGGAUUCUUGAUGGUUGCUUUAGCGAACGGACUUCCGAUCUAUUUUACAAAUAUUGACGGAGUCAGAGUCGCGAAUGAAGCGUCAUUAACCACGGGACAAGUCCUGCUUGGUCUUGGUCGCGGUUUCGCCCAGGUUCCGCUCCAGGUCUCCUUGCAGGCCGCUGUUCCAGACCAUGAGAUUGGUAUUGCAACAGCUAUGUUCCUAUCGUCAUCUGGGUUUGGCGCCAAUGUCGGCAAUAGUAUCGGGGGAGCAUUAUGGAAUACUCUCCUUCCACGCCGGCUCUCGUCAAACCUCCCAGAAGAGGUCAAGGCUAAUAGCAAUGCAAUCUUUCGCUCAAUCUUAGUUGCACAGAGCUAUGAGUUAGGCACUGAGACUCGUGACGCGAUUAACCUGAGUUAUCGCAUGACACAACAAACCCUUGCUAUUGGGUCUCUGUCCCUCUCUGUCCCGCUGUUAUUGAUGAUGUUUUUCUUCCGAAAUGUCAAGUUAGCCAAGGAGGAUGGCGAGAGGAACGAGGUUGUCGAACAACAACUUGCUGCGGCAGGGCAGAGACUUGAGAGUGGGCAAAAUCAGCCAAGCGAAAAGAAGUAG